GAAUACGCAGUGGAGUGCGUUAGUUGCAGUCACUUCGACGUCACCCUGAAGCUUUUGCAGAAGUUCCUUCCGAAAGAGUCGCCUGAUGAGCUGACGUUCAUUUUGGACAUGCGUAGCAGCCUUGGGGUGGACAGCUACUCGGAGCUGUUAGAAUCUCAAGAGGUUCGUGAUGCAUUCGGGGAAACGGAGCUGAAGCAUUUGGACGAGCAUCUGGAGCUGCAGAGAAAGCCCGCCAGACAAGCAUUCUCGGAGAGCCUGAAAUCUUACAGGGAGCGGGAAGGCAAAAGGGCUGUGAAGCGCCUGUGUGCUCAGGACAAGGGUGGUGUGGGUGGACAGAAGCUCAUUUCCAAUGGCUUGCGUUUGUACCCAGCUGUGGUUCGUGCGCAGAAGCUGUCCGAAUCCGAGGCCUUGUCUUUUCUGCCGCCAGGUAGCACCGCGAAGAAGCGCAGCAUCGACAACCGCUGGGACUUGAAGUGGAGCUGCAACAAGCGCACGAGAACAUGGACUCGCCAUGGAGAGCUGGAAGCCUUCGCUUUGUGUGCCGGAUUCCUGUGGGCUUGUUUCCAUGAGGCAGGUGGGCAGGCAUGCCCGCACGACUGGAUAAAGGAGAUCUACCAGAAAGAGAAGUCUUCGGGGUGA